CACCUACCUCUCUAGCCUUGAAACGGGCACAUCAAAUUGACAUGUAACCGGACAGAGAACCAGUCCUCCCAGCCAACAGGUCAAGCGACGCAACACGAAGAAGCAAUGAAUGCGACUCCUCGCAAAGCACAACUAAUCAGAACGUCUGACAGAGCAGCGCCGGAAAUGGAUCGGACCAGUCACUCUAUGGCUGAACAGUGAAUCAUCGUCAGCCUGAUUCGCCCCAGGAAAAAUGAGGGUAAUACUGCCGUGUGAAGUUGGUCCUUGCGCGUCACAUCAGCAGGUGAUGAAGGCCGAGGGAGCACGGAAGAGGCGUGAAUAGGCUGCACAGUGCUGGACAAGUCCGGAGAACGGAAAAUCUCACGGAGCAACUGCAACAUGACUCAAAAUCUCAUUUCAACCGAGCGGCGAAUGAUCAAGAGGCGAACGCCACCUUGCCUUCUUAGGCCAGAUGUCCGGUGCCUUCUUCCAAACAUUGAUCCCAAUCCCAACCACAUUGGAUAUUGAUGUUAUUGCCAGCCUUUGCAAUAGCUGCAUUCCGCAAUGUAUGCUCAUUUGGACUCAGAUGGCUCGUAAAUCUGAAAAGAGGCACAGUGCUGGGAUGGGGGCCAAAUUUGGGGAGUCUUCGGUCGCUGAAUACUGCCUCGUAAAUGUGUGGCUGAUGGUGGAGAAGAGCUUUAUUGGUCCAUUUCCAUGUCAUCUUGCAUUGCUAGGCUCCGGUCGCUUCUCUUGGCCCAGCUCCAAAUCGCGAUCAGACUUUCCUGCAAAUUCCGAGACCAAGACUCUGAAUCUCGUGGAGUUUCGGCAGGCAGCAGGACGAGUUGGAGGGCCACAACGACUCGCCCUCCGAUCACGUCUGCCGUGAAACUGUGGCCGCCAUGGCGGUCGCAAAGCUCGUCAGAUGGGAUGGGUUGUACCUAUCAAGUAAUGGGACCAAUGUUGUGCACAGCAAUGCACAAUUCAAACCCAGCCUCUAGACAGGAGUUUCCAGUGGGACACGCAGCGCUUGUUUGUCAUCAUCUUUGCUUCUUGAGGAUCAGAGGUCACUGAGGGUCCCCCGUUGCGGUUGUGGUCAGCAAUCCGCCAGCACUGAUUUCCAGAAACGCAUUAUGCCUGGCCUCUAUGUGCCUUAUGGGAUGCUCGUUUCGGCCCACGGAUCUCCUCAACUUCCGCUGCCUCCAUAUCAGCGGACUACUCGUACUCAGUCUCCCGCUCUGCGGAGGCCUGGGAUGGACGAGGAUGGCCACGGUUCACCUGGUUAGACAGAAAACGACCCCGAUAGUGUCAUCCACACUUGAACUGGCGUCGCUCUGCGACAAUGACCGAACAUGCCCUACUUUCAUCACGGGUUCUGGAAACCAACCGACGCUGCUGUCAUCGCUACCUUGAAUUUGCUGGAACCUGACGCCUGAAACCACCCCCAGCACAAGUACAAGCCGGGAUGUUGCAAAGCAAGGUCCAAAGCUAAUCAUACCAGGCUUUUGUGGUGACGGAACAGCGAUGCGCAGAUCGAGUCAAGCCCACCGAAAGUUAACAAGAACUGGCCUUGAUAUGACGCGAAACGCAAUUCUUGUUUGUCCUAGUCCUGUGUUAUGUUCGCCAUGCUUUGUGGAUCAGCACUGUGAGACAGGACGUACCACAGUAGGAGGCCAUGAAGAAUACGCGAAAGCAAAGCUGAUGGUGUGCGGAGGAAAAGAAAGGAAAAGGACUGGAGAGAGCAACGACUGCUGCCUGAGUUUGGGUAAGUCACGUGUAAAAGUGCCCGCGAAUCAGGACUAUUGCAAGACAGCGACUGCUGUUACUGGCGCCGAGCAGUUUUACUAUGGAUGUCCUUGAUGAGACUCUACCAUGGUAGCAUCAUCAUCCAGAACUCAUGGGGCUAUUCUGCCUAUUUCGCCAGACUGAUGGGGGCCAGAUGAUGAGAACACCAGAUCGGGACAAAUAUGCGAGCUGCAAAGCCGGUCCGAAUGCUACAGCGAACAUUUGGCAUGGCAGACGGCUGUCCAGCUAGAGUUCUUCGCAAGGCUCUAACUCCCUGGUUCAGAGUCUCCAGCGUUGCCCGAAGAGAGAAUGCCUAAGAUCCUCCUUCAGCGUGGACUCCUCCUUGCGCGAAUCUUAUGCAGUUGCCGAGGCGGCACUCCAUACUUGAUUCGAUAAUGGCUACAGGCUCGUACGCCUUUGUGUUCGUCAGCUGGACCAUCUUUAGACUUGUCUGGGCUGGUGUCGCAGGUCGAUAGGAAGAGCUGGCAAGGGAUCCUAAGAAAAAUGCCCGAUUUGCGGAGCUCGUUGAAAAAGCAAGUGUACUACCCUGUACUCAGCUCCUGAUGCUUUGAGUUAGAGGACAUGUUCGUACCAAUUCACCUUGCCAUCCGUCCACGACCGACGGAAGAAAGCAAAACCUGCAGGUAAGAAGGGAACAGGACUUGUUCGACUCGUUGUCUCUCAGCCAAGACCUCUUGAACUGCGAUUCUCAAGAUGAUGUUCUGCGAACUGGCCACUUCGACGAAGCUGUAAGGAGCAGACACCAUGACGUUCUGCUACCCUCUCUCUAGUUCACUUCCCUCAACGAAUGUACUGCAUCUUUCAUCCCCUCCUUCCUUUGCCUUUCCUCGUUUUCGGUACCGGACCUGUUAUGUGACUGUGUAAAGGCUUACAUCUUGACCUUCAUGCAACCUCAAAGACAAAAUCAAUCGUCGGAGAAGGAUGGAAGUACUUCACGGGAAAGCAGAAAGGGACCACUCGAGUGGCCGUUGUUUUCAUCUGACGAUCUUAAAGACCAUUCUAUGACAGAGUCUCUCCUUGCAUGUCUGAAGCGACUGCCCGAUAUCAAAACGACGCACCAAACAAUGUUCGCAAGUCUAUGUGAGAUACCUGUAUAGUCAGCAUCUGCGAGUCAAAGGCA